CUUGGUUAUACUGUCAUAUUUUUAACAGGGAAACUGUUCACAGGAACUGCAGAUGGAAAGAUUCUUGAAAUUAAUGGGGAUGACAUCAGAGUGGUAGCCACACUUGGAAAGCCACCCUGUGGUAAGUUUGAUGAUGAACCAACUUGUGGAAGACCACUGGGUAUGAGGUUUGAUAAAGAUGGGAGUCUUGUUGUUGUGGAUGCUUACCUAGGUUUAUUUCGAGUCAAUGUUGAAACAGGUAAAUUUGUGCAGCUUUACUCGCCUGAGACUUUAGUAGAUGGAGAACAAGCAGCAUUUCUAAAUGAUCUUGACAUUGAUUCAGAUGGGACAGUCUAUUUCACAGAUUCAAGCACUAACUGGGGCCGAAGAUAUAAUAGAUAUGCUGCUAUGGAAGCCAAAAAAAAUGGAAGGUUACUGGCAUACAACCCCAAUACAAAACAGACAGAAGUAAUUUUGAAAAAUAUGAGUUUUCCAAAUGGAGUACAGCUGUCCCCAGAGAAAGACUUCAUCCUUAUUGCAGAGCUUUGUACAUGCAAAAUACUCCAAUAUCAUACUAAGGGCCCCAGAAAAGGUGAGGUAGAAAUAUUCUCAGAUAAUCUCCCUGGUGCCCCUGACAAUAUUAGACCAAGCAGCAGUGGAGGGUACUGGGUGGGCUUGGCCACCACUAGGAGAGCUGGAAAAUUUUCUUUGCUGGACUAUACUAGUACAAAACCUUGGAUGAAGAAAUUAAUUUUUAAGGUAUUUGGCAUGAAAAUGCGCAAUGUGUUUUAA